UGGCAAGGCUGCAGAUGGUAAUCACAUGACUCAAGGACGCUGCAACCUUUGUAAAUACAGGCCAGUUGCCAAGUGCCUGAAUUUUGGUCACAUGACCAGGGGAAUGAGGGGUGAGGAUUAUCGUGACUUUGAACUGUCGCUAAAUGAGUGUGUAUCAUUAAAGAUGGAGGUCCCUGGGAAAAGUCCAAUUACAAAGGACUUGUAUCGAACAACCAAGUCACCUGAUACACCUCUAAAUUGCCUCUGCCCUCUCUGUUCCAAAGCUUUUGACACUAUGCCACAUGUAAGCUCCUGUUUCCACAGCUCCCGCUUUUCUCGUACACAGGACUUGUUGGAAACCAAGGCAAAAUGUCCUUCUUAUAAGCAGCCUUUCCAUUCGGUUUCUCAUCCUGGGAAUGUUCCUCUGAAAGAGCUCCUAUCCACAAAACACCCCCAAGAAAACCUCUCCUCUUUUUCACCAUCCAGGAAGAACCCCGCAAAAUACGGUCUCUUGCAUUCCAAAAAGAACUUGGACGAAUAUUCAUCUUUACCUUCUAAAAGUCAAUCUGAAGAUCACAUCACUUUGUCUUGUAAAGAAUAUUCUCCCUCCCUUCAUUUAAAGAGAUGCUGUAAAGUGUCCCCUAUUAGAUUGCCAUCAAAAGACAAUCUACCCCCUUGUGAAGUCACAAAUUCUCAACCCCAUUGUGAAUGUCACCAUAUGAGGGUUUUAGGAAAGAAGCCAGUUCGUGUGUCCAGACAAUUAGAAGAACCUGAGCCUGAAUUCAGAUCCACUGCAAACUCCCUGAAAUUUGAUAACGAUGAUCUGGAGAACUUUGGCUCUAGAAUAGCAGCUUCCAGUUUGUCUAUGUCAGAUUUUCUAGAAGCUACAUUUAUGCUUAUUUCUUCUGGGGCAAUGGCAUUCAUAUUUCUUUAUAUCUAUUUAAAAUUGGUUCUUGUACAUAAAUAA